AUGAGAAUAAAUGACAAGGACGAAAUUGUGAACAUUCUGUUUACAGUAUUUUUAAUAUUGUUACAACAAUUAUCUCUAUUAUUUAUAAUAUUGAAUAGUACAAAAAAUUAUAUGUAUUUAAUAUUUUUGUUUGUUGACAUAUGUUUAUGUUUAUAUAUAAUUUGUAGUCUUUAUGAUAAUAAGAAUGCAGGUGUGAAAAUAUCCAACCAAUGGAUGAUAUAUAUGAUAACCUUAACUAUGAAGAUGACAAGUUUUUGUUUUUUUAUAAAAGACAAAAUAGAUACAAAUAAUAAGGACAGUAUUUUUUUAAUAUAUUUUAGUAAUGAUAUAUUAGCAUAUAAUUUAAUAUAUAUAACACCUUUUAUAUAUUUAUUAUUUUCUUUAAGAAGUAGAAAUAUUUUAGAAAAUAUAUUAAAUAAUAAAAUAAUUAUUGAGAAUAUAUUAAGUAUUGAUGUAAAUAUAAUUAAUUUAUUUGAUUUGAUAGAUAUAAUAUUUAUGUAUUCACAUUUAACUAGUAUAUAUAAAAUAUUAACAGAUAAUGAUGUAUAUAAAUUACAAAAAACAUUUAUUAUGUUAAUAAUUGUCUUAGUAUCUUUAAUAUUGUUUGGUUUUUAUUUCCCUAUAUAUACUAAUAUUGAAAAGUCUUAUUCAUAUAAUGAAAGAGAAAAUUUAAGUAUUACUCAAGAUGAUAAAGUAGAUAAGGCAUACAAUAAAAAUAAAAAUAAGAAUAAAAAUAAAAAUAAAAAGGAUUAUAAUGUUUAUAGUAGUGAUGAUAAUAAUAAGUCCGACGACUAUAACAAUAGCGAUUAUAAUAAUAAUAAUAAUAAUAAUGAAUUAUAUGAUGAUGUUAAUCAAUAUAUGAAAGAAAAUAUGGUAAUUCCUAAAAAUAAAAUGUCUAUACAAUUAAAAGGAAAGAAUACGAAUAAUAAAAAACAUUUAUCAUUAUCAAAUAAUAAUAUAUUUGAAAAUAAUAAAAAACAAUAUAAUUAUUAUCAUAAUGAUAAUUUAGAUAGUACUAUGAAUAGCUUAAGAGAAAGUAAUGUAUCAUCUAUUACAUCUUUAAAUUCGAAAGAAUCUACAUAUGUUUCUUCUUAUAAAUCCAAACAAUUAUUAAAAAAAAAUUAUUCAUCAUCUAUAUCGUCAUCAUUUCAUUCUACCUCAUCAAAUGAAGCAUCUUCUUCAACGUAUUUACCAUCACUUUCUUCAAUAAAUUCAAGAACGAAAAAAAAUAAAUCAAAUAAAUUAUAUCAAAGUAGAUAUAAGGAUGUAUAUACUGAUGUUUAUAUAACAGCCAAGUUUCACUUCAUCGUUGGUUUCCUUUUAAUAGAUACUCCAUUUUUGAUAUACAGACUCCUUUUUUGUAUUAGAUAUAAAGUAAUGCUUACCCUUAUUGUAAAAAAUAUUUUGUUUCUUCUCUUUCGAUCAUACAAACUAAACGAGUACAGACUGAUAGAAAAAGAAAAACACAAGAAGAAAAAGAGUAAAUUCGAUUUUCAUUUUUACAAUAUAUUUAAAUAUGACAGUGAAACCAAUGCUUAUGGAAAUGAUAGAAAUUUGGAAAUCGAUAGAGAAGCAUCAGGAAAUAUUCUACAAAGGGUUGAUCAUAAUAAGAAUGCAUUAGAACAUAAUAGUUUAUAUGAAGAAAAAAAAAAAAAAAAAGAAAAACGAAGAAGAAAUAUAUUAUACAAUGAAAGAUCUAUUUCAAGAUUAAACAAAAAAUAUUUAAAUGGAUAUAGUAAAAGUAGGAAUAGUUUAGAAUUUAAUUUAAAAAAAAGUAAAGAAAGAAAUAAUAAUAUUUUAAAAAAAAUGAAAAAAAAAAAGAAGAAAAAAAAAAAAAAUCAAGUAUUAGAAAUAUUCAAGGAAGAAUUCAAAAAAAAUUCGUUAAAGGAAUUUUAUGAAAAAAUAACAAAACAAAUGAAAAAUAAUAAAAGUGAAAGAAGUAAUGAUUAUAAUGUGGAUAAAAUAAAAUGUGAUUCUAAUAAUGAUGAUAAUAAAAAUAAUAAACUUGUAGACAGAUAUAUUAAUGUUAAUGUUAAUGAUAAUGAUAAUGAUAAUGAUAAUGAUAAUUAUAGUAAUGAUAAUAAUAAUAAUAAUAAUAAUAAUGAUGAUGAUGCUAAUCCAAAUGAAGAACAUGAAGAUAUCAAAAUGAUGAAUGUGCAUCCUAUGGAUGCUAAAAAAGAUAAACAUCUAAUAAUACAUAAUAAUAUUAUCGAAAAUAAUGUUACACAUAAUAAUGAUCAUAAAGAGAAACAUAUAAAUAAAAAGAGUGAAAAGAAUUGUUGUAAAGGUAAUAAUAUAAAAAAUAAAAUAAAAUCCGAAAGAACAAAAUCAAUAGUGAGAACUAAAGAGAAAUUGAAACCUUCUUGGAAAGAUAAAUUUCGUAUGAGAAGAAAAAGAAGGAAUUUUUUAAGAUUGAUUUAUAAAUUAAAAUAUAAAAGAGAUAUUCCUAUAUAUCAUUUUCAAUUACGAGAUCAUUUAUUAGCUUUAUAUAGAUUUUUAUUUAAAGGUUGGAAUACUGUAAAUUUUGUAUAUUUUGAUGAUAAAUUAAUUUUUUCAUAUAUAAAAAAUUUUAGAUUUAUGUUAGUAAUAUUACUAGAUUAUAUGAUAAAAAUCGGGAUAACAUUUUUAUUUAUUUUUAUAUUAUUAAGAAGUCAUAUCUUUAUAAAAAAUAAAGAUGUUAUAUAUAUACAUGACAUACCUUUAAAAAAAAACAUUGUUGAAAAUAAUUUAAGAUUUCCACAGAGUUUUAAUCUUUAUAAAUAUUCAAAUAUACCUUUACCGAAUAAUUCUAUAGAUAUAAAAUAUAUAAAUAGACAUGUAGAAGAUCAUAAUGAUAAUAAUAUAUAUAUAUAUAGUAACAAUAAUAUUAAUAAGUUGAAAGGAUAUAUAAAUAUGGAUAUUUCACAUAAUAUGUUUAAUUCAAAAUGGAAUGAAAUAUUUUUAAUAGAUAAAAUAUAUUUAUAUAUAUCAAUAAUAUAUUUCUUUAUCUAUUUUUUAUUAUUUAUACAAACAUCUACUUUUCUAGAUAUUUUAUUUGUUGCAAUAUUUAAUACUAUAGCACAUUUAUCUUUUUAUUUUUCAUUGAAACAAUUCAUUUUAUUUUUUUAUACAUUCAAUGGAAAUAUAUAUAAUAGAGAUUAUAUAUAUUAUCGUCUUAAUAUAAGAAAGCUAAAUUAUCACUUUGAAUAUUUCUUUCUUCUAUUCUUUAAUAUCCAUUAUUUUAUAUCAUUCAUAAAACACUUUCCUCUUUUCAUGCGUAUCAUUUUUAAUAUAAAGCAUAUAUACUACUACAGAAAUUCGCACUCAAGCUCUGGUGAUAAGGAACUUAAAUAUUCUGUCAGUGUGUAUAUUUUAUUUUUAUUAUGCAAAUAUUGCUAUGCCCCUAUAAAUUUGAAUAUGCUUUUAUUUAGUCAGAAUAUAUUAAAUAAUAUUAUAUUGAUAGAUAAUAUUAAUAGUUAUACAUGGUUAAAUAUUUUUCUACUCAUAUUAUUUAAGACCAUACAAAUAUUAAUGACACAAACAAACUAUUUCAUUAUAGGUCUCUUCAUUCUACAUAUUCUUUUAUAUAUUAUAUAUGCAAUACAUGCACAAAUAUUAAGAUAUAUUAUUCUUAGAAAAAUUGAAAUAUUAUAUGUUUUUAAAAAUAUUCUAAUUUCUAUGUAUAAUGAAAUUCCACUCGUACCAGAUAAUAAUUCACCAUAUACCACCUGCACAGAUAUAUUAAAAUAUUAUUCAGAAGAGGGAUUCUUCUCCUCAGAAAGCAACAUGAUACCAAAUUUUAUUUGA